UGCUCCCGGAAUCUCUAGCCUAAACUACUCUAUUUUUCUCUGCUGGAAUCUAAUUCGCCAAGUUCCUCGCGCACGAAAUGAAUGAACGGUGAACCACGCCAGAUCCGUUUCGUACCACUGGUGAAUAGGACCGUUCCAAAUUAAAUCGUUGAUUGCUCGUAGCAGCCAUGAGAUUAGACUAGACGAGAGAACGAAACACAGGGAAUCCACCACUCAUCUCAGUUUCAAUUGACUGGAUUGCUGCCGUCUCCGGCAGUUAUAAAACCGGCAAGCCACGCACGGCACGCCUCCCGGCUCCCGCAGCCAGCCCUACAUCCCCCGCUCCGCUCCGCUCCGCAAGCGAGGCGAGGUAGGGAUACCGUCGAUACGGGCCCACUUCCUCCUCCACCUCCAUGUUCCGUCUCGCCCCAACUGCCGACCGCCGCCCUCGCCCCGGCUCCUCCCUUUCCCUCUAGCUAGCACCAAUCGUUCAUCCAGUCUCACAACCGAGCUCCCCGACCACCAGCACGCCUCGCGCUCGCGCGUCCCUCCCAACAGCGUGCUCCAGUUCCUUCAAUGGCAUCUCGGGCGCGCCUGCCGGGCACGCCGGCCUCGAUCGCCGUCCUCAUCCUCUCCUUCUUCCAAGGGUCGGUGUGCGGCACCACGUUCACCUUCAGCAACCGCUGCGGCGACACGGUGUGGCCGGGCCUGCUCGCCGGCUCGGGGACGCCGCCGCUGGAGACCACGGGCUUCGCGCUGGCGCCGGGGCAGUCGCGCGCGCUGUACGCGCCGCAGGGGUGGUCGGGCCGCUUCUGGGGCCGCUCCGGCUGCGACUUCGACGCCGCCUCCGCCAAGGGCUCCUGCGCCACGGGCGACUGCGGCUCCGGCGAGGUCGAGUGCCGCGGCGCGGGGGCGUCCCCGCCCGCCACGCUCGCCGAGUUCACGCUCGACGGCGCCGGCGGCAAGGACUUCUACGACGUCAGCCUCGUCGACGGCUACAACCUGCCCAUGCUCGUGCGGGCCACCGCGCCCGAAUGCCCCGACACGGGGUGCCUCGUCGACCUCAACGGGCUCUGCCCCGACGAGCUCCGCGCCGCCCACGGCCGCGCCUGCCGCAGCGCCUGCGAGGCGUUCGGCAGCCCCGAGUACUGCUGCAACGGCGCCUACGGCAACCCCAACACCUGCCACCCGUCACAGUACUCCCAGCUCUUCAAGUCGGCGUGCCCCAACUCCUACAGCUACGCCUACGACGACGCCACCUCCACCUUCACCUGCAACCACACCGAUUACACCAUCACCUUCUGCCCCAAAUCCACUCCAACCAGGUCCUUGCCCAAAUCAGAUCAUUCCUUCACUUCCAGUUUCAACUUCAGUUGCAAUUUCGAGCUGUAAGCGACAAAUCCGAACAUUCGUCUCGGAGGCCAAGCCACGAGCAACUGGAAGAUUCGGUGUGGCUUGCAUCCUUGAAGGCAAGUGACGCCAGUGCUCUGGCAACAACGUCAUGGUCGGCGUCCAUUGUGCUCCGAUCUGCCUUGGCAAUUGCAGUGGCGACCUUGCUUGCUGCACAACUUGCACCAGAUCAUCCUAUGGUCAGCUUGCUAUGAUUCAUCAUGGUUGCGGUUCUUGAUCGGUAGGAGUCAUCUAAGUUAUUUUCUGACAAGAAGAGGAUUAGAGCAGUAGCAGUGAUCAGCAAUGGGAAGAGAAUAUUGUGUAGGCUUUUUGUUUGUGGAUAGGUGCUAGAGAAGGAAUGAUGUGUUACAAGUUGGCAACUGGAAUUUCAUGAACGCAUUGCAAGGCGAUUCAGGUUGCUCUGUUGUCAUCGGCCCCUUUUUCUAUUUUUGCAGUAAAGCGCAUAAAAAACAUCUCGAAUGGAUACUGUAACCAUUUGAUGUGCAGAGGUUCACAGAGUAAUGUGAUUUUGGUUAGAACUCUACACCGC